CAAGCCUAAGGGCUUUCUUAUUGAUGAUAGUGACGAUAUUGAUGAUAGUGACGAUAUUGAUGAUAGUGACGAUAUUGAUGAUAGUGACGAUAUUGAUGUGAGUGACGAUAUUGAUGAUAGUGACGAUAUCGACCGUGACUUUGAUACGGAGCUGGAGUUUCUAACUAGGAUGAAUGCGCUAACUAUGGGUAUGAUGCCGGAAAUAGACCGAUUUUAUAUCACCCUUCAAUUCGAAUUAGCAAAAGCAAUGUCUCCUUGCAUAAUAUGGAUUCCAAACAUUCAUGAUUUGGAUGUGAAUGAGUCGAAUUACUUAUCCCUCGGUCUAUUAGUGAACUAUCUCUCCAGGGAUUGUGAAAGAUGUUCCACUAGAAAUAUUCUUGUUAUUGCUUCGACUCAUAUUCCCCAAAAAGUGGAUCCCGCUCUAAUAGCUCCGAAUAAAUUAAAUACAUGCAUUAAGAUACGAAGGCUUCUUAUUCCACAACAACGAAAGCACUUUUUUACUCUUUCAUAUACUAGGGGAUUUCACUUGGAAAAGAAAAUGCUCCAUACUAAUGGAUUCGGGUCCAUAACCAUGGGUUCCAAUGUACGAGAUCUUGUAGCACUUACCAAUGAGGCCCUAUCGAUUAGUAUUACACAGAAGAAAUCAAUUCUAGACACUAAUAUAAUUAGAUCCGCUCUUCAUAGACAAACUUGGGAUUUGCGAUCCCAGGUAAGAUCGGUUCAGGAUCAUGGGAUCCUUUUCUAUCAGAUAGGAAGGGCUGUUGCACAAAAUGUAUUUCUAAGUAAUUGCCCCAUAGAUCCUAUAUCUAUCUAUAUGAAGAAGAAAUCAUGUAACGAAGGGGAUUCUUAUUUGUACAAAUGGUACUUCGAACUUGGAAUGAGCAUGAAGAAAUUAACGAUACUUCUUUAUCUUUUGAGUUGUUCCGCCGGAUCGGUUGCUCAAGACCUUUGGUCUCUACCCGGACCCGAUGAAAAAAAUGGGAUCACUUAUUAUGGACUUGUUGAGAAUGAUUCUGAUCUAGUUCAUGGCCUAUUAGAAGUCGAAGGCGCUCUGGUGGGAUCCUCACGUACAGAAAAAGAUUGCAGUCAGUUUGAUAAUGAUCGAGUGACAUUGCUUCUUCGGCCCGAACCAAAGAGUCCCUUAGAUAUGAUGCAAAAUGGAUCUUGUUCUAUCCUUGAUCAGAGAUUUCUCUAUGAAAAAUACGAAUCGGAGUUUGAAGAAGGGGAAGGAGUCCUCGACCCGCAACAGAUAGAGGAGGAUUUAUUCAAUCACAUAGUUUGGGCUCCUAGAAUAUGGCGCCCUUGGGGUUUUCUAUUUGAUUGUAUCGAAAGGCCCAAUGAAUUGGGAUUUCCCUAUUGGGCCAGGUCAUUUCGGGGCAAGCGGAUCAUUUAUGAUGAAGAGGAUGAGCUUCAAGAGAAUGAUUCGGAGUUCUUGCAGAGUGGAACCAUGCAGUACCAGAUACGAGAUAGAUCUUCCAAAGAACAAGGCUUUUUUCGAAUAAGCCAAUUCAUUUGGGACCCUGCGGAUCCACUCUUUUUCCUAUUCAAAGAUCAGCCCUUUGUCUCUGUGUUUUCACAUCGAGAAUUCUUUGCAGAUGAAGAGAUGUCAAAGGGGCUUCUUACUUCCCAAACAGAUCCUCCUACAUCUAUAUAUAAACGCUGGUUUAUCAAGAAUACGCAAGAAAAGCACUUCGAAUUGUUGAUUCAUCGCCAGAGAUGGCUUAGAACCAAUAGUUCAUUAUCUAAUGGAUUUUUCCGUUCUAAUACUCUAUCCGAGAGUUAUCAGUAUUUAUCAAAUCUGUUCCUAUCUAACGGAACGCUAUUGGAUCAAAUGACAAAGGCAUUGUUGAGAAAAAGAUGGCUUUUCCCGGAUGAAAUGAAAAUUGGAUUCAUGUAA